UCGUGUGGAGACGAUGUCGGUCCGUACACCAGUUUGCCGCAUUUAACACGCUCGCGCGAGGCCGAUGGGAUUUCAAAUACCUCUGCGACUAUGCCAUUUGCCCGUCACCAAUUUAAAACAGUCGGUCAGUUUUGAUUGUGUUUAUUAUUGUGAGAUGUAAUUGCAUUUUUUCCUGUGUUGGUUCAGUGAUUUGACAGUGGCAUAAAAAUGACUUGGAUCCGAUAUUCGGUUACGAUCGUCAUCUUGCUGGGAGUUUGUCUUGUGAACGCUGACAAUUUAGCUCUGUUAUCAGGAACGCUCCGGACUUAUCAGAGGGCGGGAUGCGAUGAUGACGUGGUUACAUUGAAAUGUCCACGUGGAACGAGCAUCGUCAUCGACAUUGCACAAUAUGGAAAAUCGGCGCCGACGAAGAAUCCCUGCGAACCCAAGUCCACAACCUCGACAAUACCGAAGACGUCCUACAACUACAACGUCUCCUGUUUGUGGUCGAACACCUUGCAGAGUAAAUGGGACGAAGUAGCCCAAGGAACAUGGGGAAGAUAUUCACUGUUGCAGACGGUCGUUGAGGCAUGUCAGAAGAAAAGGCAGUGCAAAUUCCAAACUAAUCCAAAAACAUUCGGAGGGGAUCCUUGUCCGGGAGUCAGGAAAUAUGUGGAAGUUGCGUAUAAAUGCAGACCAUACGAGUUCCGAAGUAAAGUAGCCUGCGAAAACGAAAAAAUCCAGUUAAAGUGUAACCCUAAUCAAAGAGUGGCGGUGUACAGCGCGAGUUACGGCCGCACGGAGUACGAAUCUAUUCAAUGCCCGCAACCUCAAGGCGUACCAGAGGAGACCUGUUUGGUUAGCUACGCGACCGAAACUGUAAUGCACCGAUGUCACGGGCAACGUAGCUGCGAAUUAACAGCAGACAGCAGCACUUUCGGCGAGAUCUGCAAAGACAACUCUCGGAAAUACUUAAAAGUUGUUUACACUUGCGUUCCGCGGAAGGUGUUAAAAGAAAAAUACGAGGCCAGAUCAGAGCCGGAUGAAGCGGACACGGAUCAGGAUCAGGAAGACGAAGACGAUUUCGAUACUUACGAUGCUGGCAAUGAGUUUAUGAGGGAAUCGGCUGCGUCGCCGCCGGCGCCAAACAAUGAGGGGAAGAGCGAUAAUUUUACCAAGGAUUAUCCGUUUGCCAAUUCGAAGAAUCCGUCGCACAGCAGCAACGGUCUUGAUUUUGCAUCUUACGACAAUCCCCGAUAUCGAACUAAGAGCGUUUAUCGCAACGGGCCCGUUUUGCGGGAAAAAACAAAAGAGAUGCAGCCAGAUAGAGAGCGUAGACGAGAUCCGAACUGUACUAUAACAAUUUACGCCGGAUCGGAUACAGGGAAAAGGUCUAGAGUGGUUGGAUUUAUCUCGGAGUGGAUUAACGCAUACACAUUCCUAUCACAAAACCAAGAGCGCUUCUACUUAUAUCUCGUGGUGAGCAUCGGCGCAGGUCUGUUGAUCCUGCUCAGCUUCAUAGUAGGCCGUCUCCUCGUCCAAAUGCACAGACAGCGCUCCGAAGCCAAGUUCCAUCAGACCAACAUAGACGACCAUUCGCUACCGAACGGCUUCACCGACGACAUCAGCGAAGUAGACGCAGACAUAGAUUUCACGACACCCCUCCCGAUGGCGGUGCCGACGGUGACGGUCCAUUCGCCGGCGACGGUGGGAAGUGUGGCCGAGGUUGUACGGUACCCGUUGGUACACUCUCACACAAUCAGACGCGGCCCGCCAGCCGAUUGUGAUGCACCACCACGCAGCUUAAGUACUGGCUCGAACACGCACUACUACUAUGGAUGACCCGGAUGCCCGGGCAGAGCGCCGCAGUCCCCCACAUCGUCUACGUGCCCGGGCCAACGUACUUAUUGCUUUUAGUGUGAGAACAGUGCCAUAGACACUUGUGCAUACAUAAAGUGAACGAGACCAAAGAUAUUUUCACCUCUAGAUUCUUGUCAAAGAUACCUGGUAAUUUUAUUUUACAUCGAUCACUUCAUUUUGGAACGUUGUCGUCGUAUGAAAUCCUCUUUCCUGUAUUUACGCGAUGUACACUUUACGUUGCCAUUACUUUCCCGCUUGAGUUUCUCAAAGUCAAGAGGUCGAUGCUAAUUACUGGACCUUUAACUGUAACUUAUUUAUAUUGAAAUAUGUAUAAAAAAACUGUUUGCGUAAAUAAGGUCGUCUUAAGGAAAGAUUUUCUUACAUCAAAAAUAAUUCCGUCUGGGAUUAAUUACCAUUAAUGUUAAUCAAAAGUACUAAUCAGAGGGAAUUAAAGCAUAUGCUCUUACUAAAUCUUAUUUAUUUAGUAUUACAUAUUGUUCAUAUACUAAAACAUCUUUGAUAUGGAGAAAACAUAUGUUAAAAAUUAAUGUAAAAUAUUAUUAUUCUUUUGUUUAUUAUAUACAUUAAGUGUUUGUAAAAUAAAUAUAUGAUUACGAA